AUCACCAACCGUCGUCGCGAUACACAGACAAGUCCGCAAAAAUGGCUGGAGGCAAACCCCGUGGUCUUAACGCUGCGCGCAAGCUGCGAACGAACCGAAAGGACCAGAAAUGGGCCGAUCUCGCCUACAAGAAGCGUGCCCUCGGCACUGCCUUUAAGUCCUCGCCCUUCGGUGGCUCUUCCCACGCCAAGGGCAUCGUCCUCGAGAAGGUCGGUGUCGAGGCCAAGCAGCCUAACUCUGCCAUCCGAAAGUGUGUCCGUGUCCAGCUCAUCAAGAACGGAAAGAAGGUCACUGCCUUCGUCCCCAAUGACGGUUGCUUGAACUUCGUGGACGAGAACGACGAGGUCCUCCUGGCCGGUUUCGGUCGCAAGGGCAAGGCCAAGGGUGAUAUUCCCGGUGUGCGAUUCAAGGUCGUCAAGGUCUCUGGUGUUGGUCUGCUCGCUCUGUGGAAGGAGAAGAAGGAGAAGCCCCGUUCUUAAGCGCGAUGCCCGGGGAAGGAAACAAAGUCACAUUUCGGCAGAGGAGUCCAUUCGGCUUGCUUGCAUCGGCAUUACUGGUUAGGGUUCUGGUCCUGGGAGACGCGGUCUGAAAAGGAAAAUAGAUCAAAAAGUCUUCGACGAACGAAACUACGUGUGCACGUCGCGUGAGGGAGAACCCGGGAUGCAUUCCCACCGAUUCAUGUAUGAUGACAUUAUGGUACAAUUGGAUAUUAUACAUGGCCUC